GACUUAUUAAAAAACAUGGUGUGUGAACACAACAUCAAGAGUAUUGCCCUAAAGAAAGAUGGCGGAUUUGUACUUCCGCCCGCAAAGAGACCGUUACCGGUCACGUGCCGAAAACAGAGAAGGAACAUGCUGAAUGCGGGAAGGGGGAGACUGGUGGCCGCUUGUCGGGGACUCGCUGCCCGUGUUGGGGUGAGGCAGGGGCGGACACUCCUGGGGGAGCAUAGAGCGAUCUGUCACCGCCCGUCCGCAUCUAUUACCGGACACUGCCGGACUACAGCCGCAUGGAGGCGCCUCUGUACCCGGGCCGCGGAGCCCCAGCCUGUGGGGAAGGUCCAGUCCACCCAUUACCAGCUCGUGUACACCUGCAAGGUUUGCUCAAGAAGAUCGAUGAAAAAGAUCUCGAAAGUCGCCUAUCAUAACGGAGUGGUGAUCGUGAAGUGUCCUGGAUGCCAGAACCAUCACAUCAUAGCCGACAACCUGGGCUGGUUCUCAGACCUGGAAGGGAAGAGGAAUAUUGAAGAAAUCUUGGCCUCCAAAGGAGAGAAGGUUCUUCGGGUUGUGGGUGAGGAGGCGCUGGAACUGAUGCUGGACGACAGUAUGAAGGGGGAGGAGUCAAGCCAGCCAGAGGAUCGGGACAAAAUGGCGUCUCCUGCGGCCUGUGACAAGCCGGUGACUUGACCAUAAGGCCGUGGUGGACUUGGAUCAUCUUGGAACAAUUGUCUGGAGAAUUCUGCAGAAUUAUCAAGUUCAAAAUGAAGGGCAGGGAAGGAAGGCGGACAUUUUUGGAAAUUUAACCUGAAGGUAUCACUAUCCUCGGGUGAUUCCACGCAUUUCCUGAAGGAAAAAAUGGCCGCCGUUGUGUUCAGAUGAGGGGCCAGUGUUUUAACACAGUGGUCUCCAAACCGUGGACCUCCAGCUGUUGCAAAACUACAACUCCCAGCAUGCUCGGACAGCCGUUGGCUGUCCGUGCAUGCUGGGAGUUGUAGUUUUGCAACAGCUGGAGGUUCACGGUUUGGAGAACUUGCCUCUAAACUGUGCUGGGCCCUCUUAUUAAACUGUAAUGUGGGAAGUUUAAACUAAAGGAAAAAUAUUUUUCCACCAACUAAAGUUUCCACCAAAAGUUUUUGUCAUU